CGGCAGAUAGAGAUUCCUCUCCGUUUCUAUUUAUUUUAUUUAAUCAUCGUAUACGGUAUAUCCUCCACCACCACUAUAUAAAACUCCUCCCCCUCGUUUCUUUGUUUCUUUCUCCGAUUUCUCGCCGAGCCGCGUUUGGAGAAGAGGGUCCAAGAACUACCCCCGUCUUCGGCCAUGGCUUCAAAGAGGAUCUUGAAGGAACUGAAGGAUCUCCAGAAAGAUCCACCCACGUCUUGCAGCGCAGGUUGGAAAAAAAUUGUAUGGUUUCAAAAAUUGCCUAGCAAUUUAAAUAAAGGACCUGUGGCAGAAGAUAUGUUUCACUGGCAAGCAACAAUUAUGGGUCCGCCAGAUAGUCCUUAUGCUGGGGGCGUCUUUCUAGUUACCAUCCACUUCCCUCCAGACUAUCCAUUCAAGCCACCUAAGGUACUGCUUUCAAUCUGUUCUCUGUUGACAGACCCAAACCCCGAUGAUCCGUUGGUUCCAGAGAUUGCACAUAUGUACAAGACGGAUAGGAACAAGUAUGAGACUACCGCGAGGAGCUGGACCCAGAAAUAUGCAAUGGGUUAGCCAUACAGAGAGUGGAGAUCAUCAAGGCUGUUUUCCUCUGUAUCACUUAUGUUUUAUCCACUGAAGGACCAGGAAAGCCUCCUUUAUGCAAUGCACAAAACGAAGAGAAUACUUAUUUGUUCCUUUUGUUUGCAUGGGAAUUUGAUAUUUGGACCUCUGUUAGUUUCUUCUUCCAUACUUAUUCUGCGUUAAAUUAAGCCUUCGAAAACGCUGGUGGGUAUUUAUAGUGUAAAGGUGCAUGUAAAUGAGGGCUUGGAUUUUGCCCUAUUUACAUUGCGAAAUGUCGCUACGUUUUGUAGCUGUCAGAGAAAUUUAUCAUUGAGACUUGUUGAUGUGGCAUGGACCGUAGUGAGGGGGAGAAGAACCUUCUUGAAGAGGCUUGGCAUAUGAUCUGACUUAAUAUUAUUGAACCUUCAUUAGAGUAGCGUGGAAGUUCGCUAGCCACUCGCAAGUCUGUUGCACACCAUCCAUCCUUCAGUGGAGUUGGUUUCGUGACUUGCAUUAUUAUGGUUACACUUUUUGGGGUUACAGUGGGAUGAUGUAUGAUCAUUAUGUAUUAUUAUCGUUAUCGUUAUAAUUGAGGUCAGCAUUUGUACA